AUGCCGGCCCCAAAGAUGUUCACUGCACCUCGAUCAGCACAUCUGUCCGAACCUGGCCCUGACAACGGAGCCUUCUCAACAAGCGAGGUCAGAUCGAAGCAUGAGCCAACGCUAUCAACCAGCAGACUCAUCUCAUUACCAAAAGGUCGUUACAAAGAGCCACCUAAUCUAGCCGCUGGGUUUAGUAGUCUGGACAUCAGCAGUGAGCGAUCGAUCAGAGCUAACAUCGUAGCAAACGAGUUCUCCACGGAAACCUUCCAGAUUGCCAUAGAGACUUGGGGAUCUAGCCAGCUGUUCGAAGCAAGCGUCGUAUGGAUCGAGCACAAGGCUGAUGCCAAGGACUGUGUCUUUGGGCAACUCGAUACAGCUACUGCAACUCCGUGGCAACCAGCCGACCCUUUUGCCAGGUAUUCGCCCCACAAGUCACAGGACAGCCUACAGCAGAAGCACGCGAAAGCUUUCUUCUUUCCCAAGCCAUUCGCCGAGCCCCCAGAAGUGGUCUGUUGGCUAAAUAGACUGGACCUGAGCAGCGGACGUGACUACGAUUACAAAAUCCGAGCGUUUGCAGACGAAAUCAACAAAGACAGCUUCCUGGCUCACCUCAACACCUGGGAUAGCGGCCGGAUGCAUGGAGCUGCAUUAUGCUAUGUUGCCUUUGCAAAAGGGAAAAGGAACGUGGAAAGCGGUCGUAUCAGCACGAACGAUGUCAGGAAGAGGACGAAUCCAAGAUCGACGACGACUGCCGUGGUCAAUUUCAAGAAGAGGUUUGAGAAGCCGCCAACAAUCAUUGCAGCGAUAAACAUGAUCGACGCUGCUGGAAACGCUGAUCUCAGGAUCAGGCUGGUAAUCAGUGAAGUUGACGAGGAAGGCUUCCGAUGGAGUUUCGAGACUUGGGAUGACUCCACCUUGUAUGCUGCUUCGGCACAUUGGAUUGCGUUGGCAGCUACAAUUCCUUCCAAGCAUCAAAGCACUGCUAGAUUGAGCCCAUGA